UUAACGGUUUUAGUUCUCUUUGAUAGAGAACGUCUCGUGAAGACAAUCCUUGCACAUGUUUCUAUGUCAACAGAACGUCUGAGUGCUGCUUCUGUCUACUAUUUCAAGAUAAUUGGAUACGUGUUAAUGAUCUAACAAGGUUUAGCAGACAUACAGAUCAGCUGACUGCCGUGUAACGGUUGCAUAUUAAUUCAUGUAUCGGUGGCAUCUAUAAGUGAACCAUCCCGUACUCAGGAGUGACUGCCCGAACCAUUUGGAAAUUUCGUGAUCGCUGAUGAGUGGUUUUUUUUUAAUUAACAAACAGGUAGAAAGAGAAUAUAGACAGACUGUAGAUAUACAUAGAUAUAUAAACCAGGGUUAUGCAGUUAAAGAAACAAUAGAUAUAUCCCCAUGUUUGAUAGGAAAGGUGCCUCAUAAUAAAGGGCUAUUGUGAAAGGAAGAGUGGACUGUCUCCAAGACUGAAUCUAUAACAUGGGGCUGGCUGAAGAUUAUAUUGCAUAACGUCGAAUAGAAUUCUACCCGAAUAACUCCAAAAAUUUAAAUUAGUUGCAUAGAUCGACCCGUGUAACUCAAAUAACCUGGCGAUAUAUAUGUAGAAAAUGAUAAAUCAAAGUACACGAGCCUUAGUAGCAGUUCAUAUAUUGGAUAACUUCACUAGAGUGAAGCAGUUUACUUAAGAAUUGAUAUAUAAGGGAUCGAUAGACAAAGAUCAAGCACUGUAUCAGCGAUCUAGGCGAUUUAAUAGGGACGAGGGGAACAAAACAAACCGAAGUGCAGUGAAUGCAGUCCGUUAUCCAAACCCCAAUUACGGAACAGUGGAAACAAACUACACGCGAAUACAAUCUAUACACACGGGCCAAACAAACUGUUAUCACUCUAAACUUUUUAAAAAGGGGGAAACAAAUCGAAGAGCGAUGAAUGCAGCUCGGCAUCCGAAACACAAUCACGAAAAAGUGGAAAUAAACUAAGUGUACACAAUGCACCGAAUACAACCCAUUGUAGUUUAUCACACAAAUACCGAACAUUUCUCAGCUGUUGAAAUUCUUUUCGUGAGAGACGUAACUGGACAAAUAUUAAGAUAUUUAUGAACGGCAGAAACACGCUAUCUCUAUUUGUAAAACCAUUUCCUGCCAUUUGAUAUUACUUAAGAGAAACACACAAUUUCCCAACGGGCUAAUAUUUGUUAAAAGUUUUGUGUGUGUUGAUUCUGUGCACGUUUGCCCGUGUUUCGUCUGCUGUAUACAAAAUAAACAGCGAGAAAUGGCAACACAAGCGAGUAAUAACUAAUAUUAGUAUGAGUGAGGUUAUUAGGAGUAGUAAUUUGUAGCGAUAUGGGAGGAGUUGGUGAUUAGAUCAGAUAGUAUCAGCAUGGAAAGGACAUUAAUUUUACUAGUUACUUCGCCAUUAACAUCCGGCAAAUCAAUCAGAAAAGUUACGACGAAACAAAGUAGAUCUACAGUCAACAUCAAGAGAACGCGACUUUUACAAAGUGGAUAAUUUCGUUUCGUUAUUUUAUUUGAUGUUUCGUAUAAAACGGCAGUGUAAUGUCUGUUAAUUUAACAUCAUAAACGCACAAUAUCAGGGAGCAAUUUCAACUAAUGUGGCUAGAGAGUGGAUUUUUGUGUGAAGUGCCCUCAUUGAGUUAACGGUAAAAUUGGCAAUAACUGGCACACGUUGUCAUGUAUGUGCAUUACGUUUAAUGAACUCAGGAUAGCAAAACCCCAGUGUAAAACUUUAAAGGCGAUUUCUGUUAACUUCUCGUUGUCAAGUGAAUUUAGUUUUUAUGAAUUAAAAGACAUUUUUAAAGGGUCGUUGCAUUCAGGAAGACCCUACAACUGUGAAAACGCCAUCGUUAGAAAUAAAUAUUAAAGGGGAAUUUCAUUUAAGGGAAAUUAUUGAACUCUUAAAAAUCAUCGUUAUUUUACACGGUGUUAACAUUAAAUUGCAAUGCAACAUAAGAAUGUAGAAACCUGACGUUGUUUACUCAUAAAACAAGCUGCGCAUAAAGAAGUGGUAUCAGAUGUUCUGAAAAGAGUAAAUAUACUAUUGGCAUCACAUGAAAGACAUCAGCAUCGUAUUUCAGGAAUAAAUACCGAUAUAUCGGCUCAAGGAAACCUGUAUCCUGACGUUGACGCCAUUGGGAAAUCUACAACAAUGUUUCUACCAGACAAAAAGUUUUUCAGUAUAAGAACAUGUGCCAAAUGAUUUUAACACCUAACACAUUGUAGUACGAGUGCCUUUGAUUAAAGCCACUAUGGACGUAACAUUAACAAUUGAAACAGGAAUACACGGUUUUACGAUAAGCUGCGCUGUAACGUGUUUAUAAACAAUACAGAGUCAUUAUAUCACUAUAAUAAGUGACAUAAGGGUCCGCAAAAGUAAAAAGGGGCUAAGAAAAUAAUUGUGUGCUUCUAUUUAAACGUUCAAGGAGCAUAAAUAAUAACAUGACAACUGGAUAAACUGGACAUAGAAAUGUAACGUGUUCGAAACGUUUUAAAACAUUGAUUGAUUCGCAGAAAUCUACGAUAUUACCGUUUGUAGUAGCAGACGCACAAUCCAACUUUUACUAAAUCGCACCAAAAUUAGAUUAAAUUUCAGAGUUCAAACUCUUUCGUAUAUUAAGUAAAGUGUUGCACAGUGUCUGUAAAUUCAAAUUAAAUUACCUAUAUUACAUAAUUAAUUAACGGCUCCGUUUAUCAGUGUAUAUGGUGUCUUAUGUUUAUCCUGAUAUCGAGACUCUUUUUUAGCUGAACAAAUGAUAACACGCAUCCGAUAUCCUCGCCGACACACACACGUGUGUUAGUUUAUAUGCUCGGUUGGACAAACACGCAGGAUAUAUUUGGAACAUAUUAAAAAAACAAGUACCGUGGAUUCUUGUUUCGGUGCAUUACUUUCUGAUGCCAUAAAAACAAACACUUUAAUUUUGCAGCAAUUAAUAUCCAACUGUGUGUAAAGGCACUUACCAAUUUAUGGUUCAGGUACACCCGCCAUCGGUGAAUCAAGUUAUUUAAUGAAAUUUUAUAUUCAGCAGAAAAUUGUCUGUCUUGAAAAAUAUUCGUGUUACUCAGACAGAUCUGGUGUGUUGAACGGUAAAUAAAAAUCGCCAUUUUAUUCGUCUAAUCAAAAAAAGUAAACAAGGUUUAUGUGAUUAGUUUGACCUAUAUAGUUAAAAUGUCGGUUGCAUCGUGGAUAGGGUCUUAUAAAGGGACGAAAAUUUGUCAACGGUAAUGGUGAGAAGUCAACUGUCAAUAAACCUGCAUUUAAGCAAAUUUUCUUAACCUGCCAAUAAACACGAGACAAAUCGAACAACAAACACACAUUUCAAGAUGGCGACGGGAACAAAACUUAUGAAAGAAAUCAACGACCAGUUUCUCAUCUGUAAGAUUUGUUUUGAACCUUACAAAGAUCCCAAGACUUUGAUUUGUUUGCACACGUUCUGUUGUGACUGCGUGCAGAAACACACAGAGGCGGAAAACAGCCGACCUUCUCGCUAUAACUUGUACAGUCGAUACGUAACGUGUCCACUUUGUCGGAAAAAGACGGAAAUUCCGAGUGGAGGUAUCCGAAACUUACAGGAUAAUUUCCUCGUGUCCAGUUUAACGGAAGUGAUCAACAAACGAACAUGUACGAAAAUACCGCCGUGUGAAAUAUGCCAUACAAUAAGGCCCCGUUCAAACGAAGCCUGUUCAAAAUGCUUGGAAUGUAAUAAAUUUUUAUGUGCGGGAUGUGUUGAAUUACACAUGACGACCAAAGUUACACAAAAACACAGUCUUAUUGACAUCGAGGGUGAGAAGGAUAUAGAAUGCAAGGCUCAUCCGGAAGAAAUUGUCAGAUUUUAUUGUGAACCCUGUGACGCGUGUAUCUGUGUCGUGUGUACGUUCCAAGAACAUCGAGAUCACGAGAUUUGUUCCUUCAAUGACGGUUUUACUAAGUACAAAGAAACGUUAGUCGAUUUACUCGAUCGGUGCAAGGAGAGGCUAGGGGGUGUUGCAUCGCGAGUUAAACUCAUUGAUAAAUAUGAAUUACUUAUGAAAGAAAUACGAGAAAGAAUCCGUGAUAUUGCGAUCGACUAUAUGACUCAGGUGCGUGCUCGGGAACGUGAACUUAUCAAAAAAGUUGAUGAUCUUUUCGGAAGUGAUGUUCUCGAGUUCAUUCAGAACAAAUCUUGGUUACAAGAGAACUUAGAUCAUCUUCAAAGUACGUGUAAUUUAACUGAAAUAAUUAUGAAAGACAAAGGGGUGGAAAUGAUGUUACUAAAACGUGAAUUACAGGCUAAAUUCGCGCACCUGCUUGAUUCACAAUUACCCCAGGUACCCGAUAAUCUGCCCGAGGAUGUUCGGUUUAUUCCCGGCGAUGUCAGGUUGGGUUAUCUCUCUGUUAAUGGGGAACACGAGGGACCAAAAUCUAUUAAAGAUUCUAUUUAUUCUAGUGAAGGAGUUACUCAGUCGACUCAAACUACUAUUAAGGAAUAUAGUGUGGGGACAUCCUCAAUGGCAGCGGACAUGAAAAUUAUGCAAACAUGUUGCGAAAUGCAAACCGAGCCUUUAACAAUGUGCACAAAACAGACGUCGACCCUGGUGAAGGAGACACGAGAUCGUGGAGUAACAGUUUUCACAAUGGAAUCCAAAACAAAAGGGACCAUGACACCAUCAUUAGAUGUCAGAUCCCUAAAAAGCCAAACGGAUAAAGUUCCAAUGUACGACCAAACUAGCAUGACCUCAAUACCUAGCAUACCUCCUCCUCAAUCCAUGGGAGAUAACUGGUCUCAAUCGAGUUCAAAUGUCACGAACUCAGCAUGCGAUACGAAUUCCUCUUAUAAUAGACAAAAUAGAUGGAUUCGUAGCCGAAAAAUACAGACAGACAUUAGCGCUAUCGAUAAUACCGAAGAUGAUAAGUCAUUUCGCAACGGUACAUUAAUGACUGGUGAUGAUAUGGUUAAUGGGCAUGCCGAGGUUAAUAAUACCAGUGCAAGUAUGGCGCGACGUGAUUAUAAUAACAUUAGUCGGUUACGUUCUACUUCUGCUCCAACAAUGACAGAUAAGGAAACAUCCCCGGAUAAAAUAUUACAAAAAGAUCAGAGUGUUAUGGUUUCACCUAUAUCUGUAGCUAUAGAAACACAAACCCCGAUAACUAAAACGAAAAACUCGUCAGUUGCAACUGAUUAUGAAGGCCAACAGCACAAAGGUGUUUGUACUGUCAAGGUCCCUCUCGUUAACUGUGCAACAGGUACUCCACACGUGACCAGCGAAUCGAAAGUGACGUGGACAGAGAAAAUGAUGACGACAGAGCGUGCGACAUGCACGGUCAAUCCAACGUUAAAUGAACGUUCCACGGCAACACAAGCAGUGGAAUAUGGCGAUUAUGGAGUGCAAGUGCGACCACGACAACGAACCGUCGCGACGAACAUGCGUCCUCGUAGAUUGGCAACACGGGAGUCACAGACGGAUUUGCCGGUUAACGAAAACGUCGUUUCAAAUGGUGUAACGGAGCCGGCAAAGGUUAAUGGUGUCAAAGAUGUCCACUAUGAAAGUAUUUGUGUUGGAACCGAAAAUAUGGAUGUAUGGACGAAAAGUAUGGAUCGCCUUAGUUUUCAUUGCAUGGAGUCAAGUACAGAAACGUUGGAUGUUCGGCUCUGUGAUAAAGAAACGGGUACCAACCAAAUACAGUAUACUGAUAAGUGGACGUUAACCAACAAACCCCAGUUUAUAGACACGGGCGUUUCGCCACCAACACCAGCAACCUUUGACGCUGGUGUCUCAACAAAUGCCGUAAUAACCAUGGAACAGGCCACAUACACAGAUGUGAAAACGUAUAAAGAAAUGGGCGUGGCAACAGUUGUGGUUUUGGCGGAAUCAGAGACUAUGACCGAAAAGAUCCAAACCUCAGAAGCACAAACGUGCGUUGAAAUACAAACAGAAGAAUCGGAAACGUCAACCGAUAAAGUAGAGAUGAUGGAUGAAAUGACCAUGGCAGAACUGUGCACAUGCAAAGAAGAUACCCAGACAUAUUCUAAAGAAACGCAGUGUGGAAAAACAAAGUUAGGCGAGGGGACCCUGGUGAAUUCAAGUCUAGACGAUUCAUUCAAUAAUUCCUAUUCAGAUAUUUUAGAAUGCGUUCGGUGUGAAAAUCUUCUUCAUGAUGAAAAACAAUACAUUGACAGUGGAACAAUGCCGCAGAAGUAUGAAACUCAAGAAGUCGGGACCAUGGCUCUGUCCAUUUAUGGUAAUUCUCCAGACGUCGUAGAUGUUGACACCCAAACCAGUGAAAUUACUACAAGUGAUAAGUCUGUGACGGCUGCCUUUGAGCACGAAGAAGUUCCCAAAAAUUUGCUGCAUUACACCGAUGCAGCAACGUCAACCGAAUCUCUUCCGUACAUAGGUUUGUUAAGUGAGAUUGACGUUGAUGAUUUGAUCGUCUUCCCAGAAGCUCAGUUUGAUCUGGUGUCUGACUACUCGUCAUCGGAAGAUGAUGUUGAAAUGGUAGAUGAUGAAACAUCAACAGACUGGUUAGAUGGAAUAGAAACAGGAACUCAGACCUUUCAACCAUCUGGAACCUCCACACCAGUCACCGACGAUCUACCGCAACUGUUCAGAAACGUUGGAGUAAACACCCAUCAGAAGUUAACAUUUGAGAAAGAAACUUGUACUCCCAUCAGACAUCUUUUCUCAAAAGGUACCAUGACAUUUUAUGUCUCAAGAACAGAUAAAGCCACGAGCACUAUCAACCAAUCCAGAUAUUUAGCGGAAUCCGCAAAGUUUGGGGGUCGUGUAGGUCGGGAAUCAAAUAAAUAUCUGGUUUCGGAUAAGGAUACCAUGACUAACAAAGCUGAACAAAGAGACGCAUCUGUAGAAACAGACCAGACUCUUCUUGACGGGAAAAUAUCAGAAUGUAUCACCAAACUAAGAAGUGUGUCCGAUCGAUUAAACAGCCCAACCAUGCGACAAAGCAGUGAUAGCGAUGUAUUCUUUGAUAAAUCCUUUCUCUACAAAAGGGGGUCAGAUUCGUCUGAGCUGACGUCCUCGUUAAUAUUAACAGACAGUUCAUCUAGUCUCCGAGAAGGAAAACUAUCACCCGGUUCUCCCAGCGAAAAAUCAGAGGAAGAGAGACAAAAACAUUUGCAGCAGCUUUUAGCCGAGACACAAACGACCAGGAAGCCUAAAGACAACAAAGCAGUCAGUAAGAAAGAUACUGCGCUUAAUGCAAAACAGUCGAAACGAUCAUCAUCUGGUUCAGCUGAAAGACAUUUAACAUCAAAACCCCAAGUGCCAGAAAAACCCGACUCCUUAAAGCCUGGAAGUAAUUCGCAAACAGCUGUGAAUCCAACGCCCAUAAAAUCCAUUCUUAAAACGUCCAGUAGUAGUCAAGCAUCGAAAUGUGUUGGUCCUCGAGAAACCGUAUCUUCACCUGCAACACCUGUAAUUAAACCUAGGAGGACGUUAUCCAAAACUCCAGAUAAGACGAUAGACACGGACCCAUUGCUCCUUGAAUCUAGGCUUAAGGAGUUGGACAAUGAACUGGAUAUCAGCCAGGCCAAAUCUGAAGUCGACCCCAACACCACUCCUGUCCAGAUGAGGAAGAAAAUAGACGUUCCAAAGCGCAAGCCACAACCUAUUACAACCCUAAAAGGAAAGAAGGCAGAAGAUGACAAUACUUACAAAACACGCAGCCUUCCGCGUCAAUUCUCCACAGAAAAUUCGCCACUUAGUGCCUUAAUAAUUCAAACGUCUCCGCCAAGUCGCCUACCUCUGUUACGAUAUAACUCAGCUCCUGGACGAAUAGCAACCGUGCCAACCCAUACAUUGCUGAAAAAAGCUGGACAGUCACCACCGCUAAGAACUUCUAACCAAAGACAAGUUUCGCCGAGUAAAAUUCCCAUUAGUAGUCGACAAUGCUCCCCAGAGCAACCAAUGACGGACAUAUAUGGCGGUGCCCAGAAAACCAAAGCACAACAGAAACCUUCUCUUCCAGCAAUUUCCGAGACCAGAACCCCGUCGUCUUGUUCAGAUUCCUCGGACGUGUCCUUUUUAUCUUUAACAUCUGGAGAUUCCAUGAGUCUUUCGCUAACGCCAUCCAUAGGAACUGUAUCUUCAGGAACGAGCGAACAAGUAGCUGGUGCAAUAGCUCCACAACCGAUGGAGAAGCCAAUUGAUAAACCGGGGACCAGCACCCCAGCAACUUCUAAACCAAAGCCAAAAAGCGAAAAGGCGGGUUUUAUGCAAAGACUUUUUUCCAAAAAGAAGAAAGAAGCAGAACAAAAGCCCGAGAUUAUUCAUACAACAACAAAAUGGACGCCACCACCCAAACCGCCCCCUGAACCCCCUAAAAUUCAAAUACCAAAUAAAACACGACCAUUCGUGUACGUCCGCUCUCGUAUUUUCUCCAUUCAAGAUGAUAAAGAGGACGAGAAAAAAUACUUGAAAGAGGAGGAAGAAAAACGAAGAGAAGAAGAAAAACGAAAAGAAGAGGAAAUGAAAGCAAAAAAAGAAAAAGAGAAAAAGGAGGACAAGAAAUCUAAAACGAAAACUAAAGGAAAGAAACCACCAUCGUCGCCAUCUUUAAAACCUGGCAAGAAAACAAACAGGUUAUCGCGGGAAACGGAUUCCGAUUUGUCUGAUUCUCAACUUGGUGCUACGUCAUUAGGAGUUCCUGAUUCUUGUAAGAUGUAGCAAAUACAUCUAUGCUGUGGAUUCUCAUGUUUCGGAACAGGUGAAGAUAAUUGAUAGGACACCGAUCGUGGUUGGAAAACUGAUAUAAACAACACGAUAUUAAACGUUUACUAAUAAAUUUGAAGGGCUAUGAAGUGUCCUAAAACGAACAAAAUUUAUUUGAAGCGUGUGGUGUCGGCUAUUUUGGCUCGCGUCAUAUACAGUGUUUUAUGUAUUUCGAUAACUCGAGAUGCCGAAUACGGAAAAUGAUAUCUAUUUGAAUUUCCAAAAUAUAUUUCGAUGAGAAUCUCAGAAAAAAGGGCGAUAUAUGCGUAGUGCUACAGAACAAGUUGAAUGGAUGUAUGUCUCAAAAAAUCGUAUUGAAAUCUGAUUAUAUUUUCGUUUCGUUUCGGUUUUUUUCUGAAUUUCAAAAUAAUUGGAAAUGCGGCUGCCAUCUUGAAUUGAUGGGGUGGAUAAUUUUCGGCGCGAAACAUUCAGUGAUGCCUUUGCGUCUAUAUUGAAAUCAUAUAGCUGUUCAAGAUCUGUCACUUGGAGAACAAUUUCUUUUACACGAAGAACUUUUCAUGGAAUUUGAAAUAAUUGUUUGUGAUACUAAAUAUAUUUUUUGCUGUGAUAAGCUUCUAUAACAAGCUUUGGUUGGUUGAUAUCGUUGAAAAACUACUCGAACAGAGACUAGACAAAUGUACUUAAGAAUUAUGACACUGUAAAUUUAAUUAAAUAUAUUUAAUAUUUCGAUUUGUCAUGAACUAAAUAUUUAUCAUGAUUUGGGAUACGCGUGACGUGACGUAAUCGGUUUAAAAACAUUGGUCACGGACAUACGAGGGUAGCCAUUGAGUUGAAAAAUACUACGUCAUCGAUGACGAUAUCGGCUCUUUGAUUUGAUCUUAGCGUGAAUUCACUGGUCAUUACGUAGAGUAUGGCCAUUAAAUGCAGUAUGGAUACUAAGAACCAACAUUGUUUAUUUUAAAUAGGCGCCCGCGUGAUUGUUUCGAAGGCACGAAAAGUUUGUUCUUUCUAUGAUCAAUGUUGCUUAGUCUGAUCACGUGAUUUUACGUGUAAACUUGGGAACCAAAUAAAUACGCACCUGUUUUAAACGAGCGAUGGAACUUGUAUUUAUUUUAAACAUAUACCUCAUAUCUAUGCAUGUGUUAAGAAAGAAUUAUACAAUCCCGUCAAAAGGCAAAACCUAGUAACUCGCUUUUUUCUUAUUUUGAGAAAACAAAGGAAAACGUAAUGAAUGAAUAUUAAACCCCAGCUCAUCCAUUGAUUUGACUAUAGAGUUACUAGGUUUUGCUGUGGUAUACUAGGCAAAUGAAGGAAGUUACUAGGUUGUGUCAUGGGUGUAACUGCUUACAAAAUCAAAAGAUUGGAAUAUCUAGUACAACAACAGGAAGCACAUACCCCAGUAACUACAAAUUUGGUCCUAACUCAAUUUUGAUAAAAAAGUGAGUUACUAGGUUUUGCCUUUUAACAGGAGUAUGGCGUUGUAUGUCUUCACCUUAGUACCAAAUGAUUUGAGGUAUUCUAAAUGCCCUGAGGAGUUUCGUGGCGGGGUGGUCUUUAGAUCACAAGGUCCAAUGUCUCAACCAUAAGGAAAAGCAACUAGCUAUUAUGCCUAUACUCUAAAAUUACAAAUCAUUCGAUCUUUAUUGAUGAAAAAGCUGUUGCACUCAAUUAAAAUAUCACUAUGUAAAGAAAUUAGCUGACCCUAUUCAGCAUCGAAUAGACACAAAUAGACACUCAAUUAAAAUAUCAUUAUUUAAAGAAAUUAACUGACCUUAUUCAGCAUGGAAUAGACACAAACAAACACUCAAUUAAAAUAUUAUUAUUUAAAUAAAUUAACUGACCCUAUUCAGCAUCGAAUAGACUCUCAAUUAAAAUAUCAUUAUUUAAAGAAAUUAGCUGACCCUAUUCAGCAUCGAAUAGACAUAAAACAUCAGGAUGGGGACAGAGAAUUGGAUCAAGGUGGAGACACAAGACGACAGAUUAUAAUUUUUCUAGAGAAUAAUUUAUAUUAUAUAUCCAACAAAUAACUAACUUCUUGAAAAUUUAUCAACGAAUUUAUGCAAUAUUAUUUAUAUUAUGUAAAAUACUUGUAUUUAAAUUAUUUAACAUGGAGACGGGUAGGUUUAUAUUAAAUAAAGAA